CCAUGGGUCAUGGCCCGAAAAUGCAGAAUUCCAUGGGAGCGAAUCAAGGAGCACAGAAUUCCGAGAAGACGAAGCGGUUUCUUGAGGAGACACGGGAGUGUCCUGGCCAUGCCACCCAGAAGGGAGAAGGCCAAAACCAGCUGCUGCCGGUUCCGCUCCAAAUGAAGCCCUUCAACAAGUUAUGGCCGGCGCUCAUGGAAAGCAAGCUCGCCAUCGCGCUGCUCGCCGGCCUCUUUGUCGGGGCAGUGGUCUUGUUCUCUGUGCCGCCGCAGUUCUCGGUGCAUGGCGGUAACGGUGAGCCGCUCUGGCGAAUUGCCAAGCUUGUGACUUGUGAUGUAUGGCCUGGCUGGCUGGCUCUCGCAAUCUCUCUCACGGCCUUGUUUUGAAUUAUCCGAGUUCUCUUGCGGGGCUUGCCGGCAAACGGGGGUGGUGCAGGUUCGCCGGCGGAGAAGAUGAAUGGUCAUGCACAGCCACCUCUAGCCAAUAUGAUAGCAGAAUCUCCAGUAUCCACAGUGCAGGCCCAGGAAGAAGAAGCCACGAGUUCCAAAAAUUUCACUGGUGAAGAAAUUGCACCGGUCUCUGUUCUACCUCCUCCUCUGAAGCCAAUCUGCGACCUCUCCGACCGGCGUUACGGCUGUGAGAUGUGGGGCGAGGCGCGCCCGGCGAGCGGCGCGAACAGGUCAUCUGUCUACUUCAUCCCACCGCCGUCGCAGCUCGCCACCACCGCGGUAGCCACCUGGAGCAUCCGCUCGCAGUCCCGCAAGAUCGUCGGCGUCCGCGAGGUCAUCGUCAGGUCCCUCAACCUGUCGAGCCUCCGCGAGGCGCCCAACUGCACCGUCCGCCGGAGCCUGCCGGCCGUGGUGUUCGCGCUCGGUGGCCUGACGUUCAACUACUGGCACGCUUCAGCGACGUGCUGGUCCCGCUCUUCACGACGGCCCGAGCCUUCUGCGGCGAGGUCGAGCUCGUCGCCACCGGCGCCCAGGGCUGGUUCCUCAACAAGUACGGGCGCGUCCUCGGGGCGCUCUCUCGGUACGCGGUGGUCGACCUCGACGCCGACGGCGAGGUGCGCUGCUACCCGCACCUCAUCGUCGGCCUCCGCGGCCACCGCUACUUCGACAUCGACUCGGCGCGCGCCCCGAACGGCUACGACAUGCUCGCCUUCCGCAUCUUCGUCCGGGCGGCCUACUCCCUGCCGCCACCGACCGCUGCGCUCCCGUGCAGGUCCGGCGGCACGAAGCCACGGUUCAUGAUCAUCCUCCGCGGCGCGACGCGGCGGUUCGUGAACGCUGACGCCGUCGUCUCCGCGAUCGAGCGGGCCGGGUUCCAGGUGGUGCGCAUGGAGCCGACGUCGACGGCGGGCAUGGACGCGGUCGCGCGCGAGGUGGACGCGUGCGACGUGCUCGUGGGCGCGCACGGCGCCGGGCUGACCAACAUGGUGUUCCUGCGCACGGGCGCCGUGGUGGUGCAGGUGAUCCCGUGGGGAAAGAUGAAGCCCUACGGCGAGGGGUUCUUCGGCGCCCCGGCCGCGCACAUGGGGAUCCGGCACGUCGCGUACAGCGUCGCUGCCGAGGAGAGCACGCUCUACGACAAGUACGGCAAGGCCCACCCCGUGAUCACCGACCCCGACGUGUUCUACAGGAACGGCAGCAACGCGAAGCUGUACUGGCAGGAGCAGAACAUCCGGCUCAACACCACAAGGUUCGCGCCGACGCUCGAGACGGUGAAGCGGAUGCUGCGAUUAUAGUUUGGAUUAGCGAGAAAAUGCACAGCUCGUUUCCCGCAAAAGGGUCAAUUUUAAGUUUGGAUUCGAGGGCAGAACGCAUGGUAGUUUCAAUUCAGAGUUAUUGUUCACAAAAACUAGUUUCAAUUCAGAGUUAUUGUUCACAAAAACUAAGACGAUGACUGCAAAAGUAGGCAGGAAUGUAGGUUUACUAGUGAUAUAUAGUUCAUACAAAAGCCCAGGCUUGAGCACAUACCAAUACCUAUAGGCUAUAAGAAUCUGAACAACUAUGUCCUUUGCAUUGAAA